AUUUGAUCCAAUCGCCUACGGAAACUAAAGUAGGAAACUGCUACAAAUCAAAGAAAGUGGAUCCAUGGCUGAUGUACAGCUAAAGAAAAGAGGAUACAUCUGGGCAAUCUCUGCUGGGUUCAAUGCAGCUCUUGCUGCCAUCUCUGCAAAGUUCUUCUCAUCUCUUGUGAUUAAGUAUGGAUUAGUUGUGUUAUGCAAUGUGGUAAUGUGGGGAUGUUAUGUAAACAGCUUAAGAGCUCUCUCUUCUCUACAAGCUACCGUCACAAACUUUGCUGCUAACUUCCUCUCUUCCGGUUUAGCUGGCCUCUUUCUGUUUCAGGAAUCCUUGUCAUUCCGUUGGUUUGCAGGAGCUUUAUCGAUCACCAUUGGAGUUGUAAUCCUUAGCAAGUCAAGUGUUGAUAAGAAGGUUAGUACGGAUUAGUUCAAGAACCUAUAUGAUAGCUUCGCUUCUGGGGAAGGCUGCUUAAGAAAAACUCCUUGUUAAGAGAUGGAUUAAGUUGUAGAGUUUAUUCUGUUAAGGACCAAACUUGUAAUAACUACGAUUGAUUUUCCUGAUUUUGUUGAAUUGUGAUUAGACACUACUAUAAUAAUGUCAAAGAUACAACAGUCUACUGC